UACGCCACGGAAAGAGAAGAGAGCGUGCAAUCAAACAGGUAGACAAACCGUAAUAGAAAAUCCCCGCUAAGCGCUAAGAGGACAAAGACCCCAUUUCGCCGGCGCACCAAUGGCGGCCAUCGCGAGGUCGAGCUGAGCACUCGCCGAGAAGAGGAGACGACAGAGAACCAACCGGGUUGGCGUGGCGAGGUGAGCUCCUCUCGGAGAUGGGGCCGGCGGUGGCGUGGGAGGAACGGCGGACGCUGGUUCUGGUGAACCUGGCGUCCAUCAUGGAGCGCGCCGACGAGGCGCUGCUGCCGGCGGUGUACCGGGAGGUCGGAGCCGCCCUGCACGCCACGCCCACGGGCCUCGGCGCGCUCACCCUGUACCGCUCCAUCGUGCAGGCCGCGUGCUACCCGCUGGCCGCGUACGCCGCUUCCCGCCACAACCGCGCCCACGUCAUCGCCGUGGGGGCGUUCCUCUGGGCCGCCGCGACCUUCCUCGUCGCCAUCUCCGAAACCUUCCUCCAGGUGGCGAUUUCGAGAGGCCUGAACGGCAUCGGCCUGGCUCUCGUCAUACCGGCGGUCCAGUCACUGGUGGCCGACUCCACCGACGACGACCACCGCGGCACGGCCUUCGGGUGGCUGCAGCUGACCAGCAGCAUCGGGUCCAUCAUCGGGGGCUUCUCCGCCCUGCUGCUGGCGCCGACCACCAUCUUCGGGGUCGAGGGCUGGCGCUUCGCGUUCCACCUCGUGGCGGCCAUCAGCGUCGUCGUGGGCGCCCUCGUGUGGUUCUUCGCCGUCGACCCCAACUUCCGGACGGACGUAGCAUCGGCGGCGGAGAAACGGUCCGCGUGGGACGAGGCCAGGGAGCUGCUCAGGGAGGCCAAGUCGGUGAUCCAGAUCCCGACGUUCCAGAUCUUCGUGGCGCAGGGCGUGAGCGGCUCGUUCCCGUGGUCGGCCAUGUCGUUCCUGUCCAUGUGGCUGGAGCUCAUCGGGUUCAGCCACGGGGAUACCGCCGUCUACAUGACGAUGUUCUCCGUCGCGACGUCCCUGGGCGGCCUCCUCGGCGGCAAGAUGGGCGACGCCCUCGCCCGGCGGUACCCGAACGCCGGGAGGAUCGUGCUGUCCCAGAUCAGCGCCGGCUCGGCCGUGCCUCUGGCCGGCAUCCUGCUCCUCGGCCUCCCGGAUGACCCGUCCACCGGCCUCGCGCACGGGCUCGUCCUCUUCGUCAUGGGACUGAUCAUCUCCUGGAAUGCAGCCGCGACAAACAGCCCGAUCUUCGCGGAGAUCGUGCCGGUGAAAUCAAGAACGAGCAUCUACGCGCUGGACAGGUCGUUCGAGUCGAUCCUGGCCUCGUUCGCGCCGCCGGCCGUGGGCUUCCUGUCGCAGCACCUCUACGGGUUCAGGCUGGCGGACGGCGGCGCAGGGAAGGCCACCGCCGAGAGGGACCGGGAGAACGCGGCGUCGCUGGCCAAGGCGCUGUACACGGCCAUCGCCAUCCCCAUGACGGUGUGCGCGCUCAUAUACUCGCUGCUGUACCGCACGUACCCGCGGGACAGGGAGCGCGCGCGGAUGCAGUCGCUGAUCGGGUCGGAGCUGCAGCACAUGGAGCUGCUCGAGGAGGGUGGCGACGGCGACGAGCAGUUCGAACUCUUCGAAACGGAAGCGGAUGACAGUGACGUGGGAACCAAGAAGCUGCUGGCGAACCGGGAGUCCUGACAGGGGAAGAAGCGUUUUCCAUUUUUUAUGAUCGAUAUUGCCGCCUACUGAUUUUUUUUUACCUGCCGCC